AUGGCCUUAAAGAGAAUAUACAUAUCUAGACACGGAUAUCGUGCCAACUGGUUACCCGAGCCACAUCCACCAAACCCAACUGGCAUUGAUAGCGAUCCCCCCUUGGCACCACAUGGAGUUGAUCAGGCAAAGCAAUUGGCAGCGUACUUAACCUCCUUGCCUGACAAUGAAAAACCCCAAUUUAUAUUGUCGUCUCCAUUCUACAGAUGUGUUGAAACAGGCCGCCCAAUAGCCGAGAUGUUGUCGUUGUCGAUUGCUUUGGAGAGAGGUGUUGGUGAAUGGUACAAAAAGAAUAGAAAGAUCAUUCCUGAGCCGGCUGACUACAAUAGAUUAAGGUCGUUCUUCAACAAUGUUUUGGUGGAAGAAUCCUUUUGGCCAAGAGACGAUACGGUAGGAGUUAUCCCCAAUCUCUCCGGUGAAUCUGAAGAAGAAAUCUUUCAAAGGGCAGAAGAAUUUUGGGUUAAAUUUAUUCCCGUGUUUGAGAGCAGAUUUCCAGAAUUUGAGAAUGUGUUGAUUAUCACACAUGCAGCUACCAAAAUAGCAUUGGGACUGUCUCUUUUAAAGUUGAAAGGUGUACGUGAUUACCUCGAUGACAACAAAACAACUUUAAGAGCGGGUGCAUGCUCCUUGGAUUUGUAUAGAAGAGCAGGUCUGAAUUGGGAGUUGAAGAUGAAUGGAAACUGUGAUUUUUUGACAGAAGGAGAGGAGAUGAAUUGGAACUUCCAUUCAGGCUUUGAAGCUGGUUCUGAUGAGGAUAUAAAGGCAAGAAAAGAAGAAGAGAGGAAGAAGAAAUUGAAGAAACAAGAAUUGGCAGAAAAGGCCGAAGAUGAGAGUGUCAGAGAGACAACACCAGUGACUGAACUUGCUAGUGGAGAUAUAGACAUUCCAGAAGAAGAAUACAAGGACUUCUAUAUUACCAUAGACAUACCAAUGAUUGGAAAAACUCAGGAUUUUGAAGAGUCAAACAGUUUGGAAACACCCCGUUCCAAGAACAAUAUAAUCAAACCAUCUGCCCAUUUUCAAUUAACAGAGCUUGAUAACGACAAUCCGCUUAUAAAGUUGUCAAACAACUCAAACAUUGGGGGCAGUAACGAGCUUGGUGGUAAUAACGACUCAUUAAACAACUUGAGCGUGAUCGAUGGAAAGAUUUAUCAAACAGACUGGAAGAAACUAGUGGGCACGGAUCUUAUUUUUGAUGACUAUGGCGCCUUGAUUGGGCAGGUAAAUGAACACUUACUGUGUAAUGAACAUGUCAAAAUCGUACCGCGGGAAUCGAACAAAGUGAAAGAAGAAGCUGAAGAUGAUGAAGAUCUUCUUGAAAGAGAUGAUGAAAGUAAGACACAGCAUGAAACUCAAACUCAAUUUCUUAAAAAGGCAAUUAAAACUGCCAAAAAGAAAUCUACAGCGUAG